AUGCAAUUCACCAACACCAAAUCAACAUCCUCACCAUCAUUACCUACAGUCAUCAUCAUCAUGAACCUCAACAGUACUGAGUCCUGGGUUUUCAUCAGUAUUUCAUCUCCCCUCCUGCCUGUAGAAGCCAGUCCCACUAACAGGAGUGGCAUGGAAGCAUAUCUUCAAAGACUGGCUCAUUUAGAUGAGGGCCUUUACAGUGACUUUUACGGCCUCUGGAUUACACUGAUGGUCAUAAACUCUCUUAUAUUUCUGGUGGGCAUGGUGCUCAACACCGUUGCACUUUAUGUUUUCUGUUUCCGCACAAAGCAGAAGACCACCUCAGUGAUAUACACCAUCAACCUGGCGGUGACAGACCUCUUGGUGAAUCUCUCUCUGCCAACUCGCAUCCUGCUGUACUACAGUGGAGGAGCUUGUCUCACCUGUUCCUACCUGCACAUCUUCAGCUACUUUGUCAACAUGUACUGCAGCAUCUUGUUUCUUACCUGCAUAUGUGUUGACCGUUACCUUGCAAUCGUGCAGGUCGAAGCAUCUCGUCGGUGGAGGAACUCCAGUGUGGCCAAAUGUGUGUGUGUCUCUGUCUGGCUGUUUGCCAUCGUGGUCACCUACUCUUUUCUCUCUACUGCUUUCCAGCAUACAGGCUGCUGCCUCUCAAAGCUCCUUUUUCUUACCAUCACUGAGUUCUUUCUACCCCUCAUCAUCAUUGUGGUCUUCACCUUGAGGAUUAUGUGGGCCCUAGCUGACCGCCAUCUGAUGCAGCAGAGCAGGGAGAGGAGAACGAGGGCUGUCCAGCUGCUGAGCACAGUGCUGAUCAUCUUCACUGUGUGUUUCACACCCUUCCACAUCAGACAGGUUGUGGUGCACUUCUACCCUGAUAUGCCUCAUCAUGUGAUUGCCUACCACUUGACUGUCACUCUCAGCAGUUUGAAUAGCUGCAUGGAUCCUAUUGUCUACUGCUUUGUUACAAAUAAUUUUAAGGCCACUAUGAGACAUUUUUUCCGCCGUGCAGAGCCUGAACAGACCAGUGGUGACAUCAUCAGCAUGCAGCACAGCUCCAAGGCCUCAGGAGGGACAGCCAAUGUCAUCUCUAAUAAUGUGAUCAUGAUGACCAAGGUUCACAGUUCACUGUAGAGAGACAAUCUGGGAAAGAACCACACAGUGUAAAUUUGCUUUCACAAAGGGUGAGGGGAACUGAAAGUCACAGAAAUGCCACUGUUGCCUGGCGAAGUCUGAACUCUGCAACAGGCUGAGCAGUACUAAAACCCCAGGAUUGACUAAGAAGUAAGCUAUCACAGCCAGCUCAGCAUUUUGAAUAAUACUACUUGAAUAAUUUGGUUCCCACAAGAAACAAAUUUAUUCUGCA